UUCUUGCGAAGCAUGCUCAUUUUUGCGCUGCGAUUCGAUUGAAUGAUCUUCCAGCACUUUAAGAUAUUACGCAUAAUGGAAUGAAAUUAUAGCAUAAGUAUGUGUAUAUUGCACUGCACACUCUCUUCCUCUCUCUGUCUACAAAAUUCUAUUAAUCUCGAAGUGGACAUGUGUGGAUGAUCAUGUUACAGAUUGUUUAUUUAAUACCUCGCUUUCUGAUUAAAACAUUUGACGUAAUAUUCGACGGAGAAAUAAGGUUUAUAAAAUCGAUGACAUCACUCGAGAGGAUAAAUGAUAUAACUGAUACGUGUGCAAGUGAGAUACGAUAAGUAGGACAAUUUGAUGAUUACUUAACGUCCAGAAGAUAGAUAACGUCUUACAACAGGUCACCCGGUACACGGGCGAUAGCGAAAUGUAUAAAGUACGCGAGGCGCCUUUCUCGCAUGCAGACGUGGAAAUCUGUGGCUGCGGCCUCCACAGGAGCCGUGCCUCCGUAUUCGAGCCAAUCACGAGACAGUCCUUUCACUGUCGGAAUUUGAAACUCGUGCUAAAAAGGCCGAUUACCGGUAUCCUAUUCCCUUUCGACUGGCUGCAUCGGUUGGGGGUCGCCAGCAACGUGCGCGAGAUCGUCGAAGGCCUGCCUCGCCUGUUCUCUUUCGUCUCGCGGAAGAGCGUCGGCCGAAAACCCCGGAUGUGUGCCGAAGCGAAGUGUGCGAGAUAAUCACUGAAAUAAUCGUUCUAUUGUGUUGUGCGAAUUUUAUCUCGCAAAUCGGCGGUCCUCCAUCGACACGUCCAGUACCAUUUCGCGCGGAUCGCAGCUGCCGGUUUACGAGAGAUUGGCUGGCUAUCACGCUGAUAACAGCACGCGAACAUGUUGACGUGUUACAUGACCGCGCUGCAAUGCGAGUGGAUCGAGAAUCGCAGGCGAUGGAAUUCCUCCGGGAUGCUGCAGUCGCAAUUGAAGAACAACGUGAACGUCGAAGGCGCCACUCACAAGCAGGUGGUGGAUCUGAUCAAAUCAGGCGGCGAUGUUCUCACCUUGACCGUUAUCUCCGUGACGCCUCAGGAAGCUGAGAGGCUCGAGCCCUGCGAGGACCUGAGCUACGCGUCGGUGGACUACAGCGAGAAGCGGUCUCUGCCCAUCAGCGUGCCGGAUUAUCACGUCCGUGAGAGGAAACACGAGCGUUAUGUAGUUUUCAACGUCCACAUGGCCGGCCGGCACUUAUGCUCGCGCCGAUAUCGAGAGUUCGCGGCGCUCCACAUGGCUCUCAAGAAGGAAUUCAUAGGCUUCAAUUUCCCGAAGCUACCGGGAAAGUGGCCAUUCCAGCUGAGCGAGCAACAACUUGACGCAAGGAGGCGCGGUCUGGAGCAAUAUUUGGAGAAGGUCUGUGCGGUGCGCGUAAUAGCGGAGAGCGACGCCAUGCAGGAAUUCCUGACCGACAGAUUGGAAGAGGACGGUGAUCAAGGGCCGGCGGUUGACCUCAAAGUUCUCCUGCCAGAUCGUGAAGUCGUAACCGUCACGGUGCCGAAGGCGGCGUCGGUGAAAGACGUCUACGACGCAGUUUGCUGUCGAGUCGGCUUAGACGCGGACACAGCAAAGUACUUCUACCUGUUCGAGAUCGUCGAGUACAAUUUCGAGCGGAAGCUGCAACCCCACGAGCACCCGCACACCCUGUACAUUCAGAAUUACUCGACCGCGAGCGCGACGUGUCUGGCGAUAAGAAGGUGGCUCUUCAAUGUAAAUAGGCCUCUGAGCGAGCAGGCGUUAACUUGGAUAUUCUGGCAAACGAUCGACGAAGUGAACAGAAGUCACAUCACCGCGGGGGAGCGGUUGUACCAGCUGAAGGCUCUGCAAGACGCAUCCAGAAAACACGAGUAUUUAAAACUGGCGAGGGAGCUGAGCGGAUACGGCGACAUUGUGUUCCCGCAUUGCGCGUGUGACUCGAGGAAGGAGGGCCAUGUGGUACCAGCGGUUGGCACAGCGGCCUUCAAGUUGCACGCCGCGAAGGAGGACGGUACCCUGGAGUCGCAAGUGGUGGAGUUUCAAUGGAACACCAUCACCCGAUGGGAGGUGGACGAGGACGGAAUGGCGUUCUGCUUCCAAUACACGCGCCAGGACAAUCGUCCGCCACGUUGGCUCAAAGUCUUCACUCCUUACUAUACGUUCCUCUCGGAUUGCUUCGAUCGGAUAGCCGAGGAAGCGAAAUGGGAUGACCCGGGGGAAUGACGUAAUGUCCGACGCUAAGAGGCAUCCGGUUGAAGGUUUCUCCAUUGGAUAUCUCUCGCAUUCGUCUCUCCAUAGUCGAAAGUUCUUUCUUUUUAACUAGGAUUUUACUAGCCUGCUAGUAGACCAGUACCGAGUUAGCGUAAUACUUUCAGCAUAUCAAACUUUCCAUAAGUUGUCACGGAAGCUUACGUUCGGAACAGUACCAAUGCUACACCGAGACGGAAUCGGCGUUACCACCGUGUACCAAGAACGCGAGCAAUAGUAGGCACACAUCCUGCCUAAUGCUUAAAAAAAAAAAUGAAAAAGUGUCACGAAGACUCGACGGACACGUUUGAUGUAGCGUUCGCGAAUAAAAGACAUUUGAGAACAGAGAAUUUUAACGUAUAUAAAUUCACAGCCCGAUUUUUUAAAACGGCAUCGCUCGUCCAUGAUCUGGAAAAUCUAGUGUAGCUUGGUUCAGUUCGGCAUAUGCAAGAAAAUGAAUCUGGUCUCUGCAUAUAAAUACAAAUAGCUCGUAAUUUCGUUUGUUUGGUCGAUGAGGCGUGCGCGCCGCUUUUCCUUCUCUGUGAGAGACAAAGCACGCGAGGACAUAUAAGAGAAUUACGUUUAAUGCACAGGUACGUAGGCUAUAUUGUGUCAUGGGAAUACGAUUGUCCGCCUAGAGACCACCUGUUCUUUGGCCUAUAUGUUAUCGAACACGUGUAGCGUGUAGUUCGGUCAGCGGUAUGAGGGAAUCGAUCGAAUUACGUAAACGUUCCUCCUUAUUCGCCUAAUAUAGACCUUAACUUUCUUUCGUUGAAUCUGCGCAAGUGUAACGAUCGAACAUUUAGCGAGGGAAAUGGUACCACAUUUUUGUGCAUUUUCUAAUGUGCAAUAUUUUAUAACGUAAUUCAAUAUGGAAAUCUGUCAAUUCGCGUUACGCAGGAUACUUUAAAACGGGAGUUAUCAUUUUCGCACGUUUAUAAACGAGUUAAUCGAUCGUCUAUCAAUAGUAUCGAAACAGCACGUCCAAUUUACCGCUGUGGUAGAUUUCAUCCGUAUCCUUUGCGAUUAAAGAUUUAUAAGAAGAAAAAGAGGAACUUACGGGCGAAGAAAAGAGCUAGAUAUACAUAUCAUAGUGGGCUCAUGGAUGACUUCCUUAAGAUCGUGAACGUUUUAUCUUGCUUUUAAAUUAUCCUGCGUAGCAAACGGAUUCUUAAGACGCGCCUGACUACGACUGGUCAUGCGUGUCUCGUAAUCGAUGUGUUAAUAUCAAUCCUCUACACAUUUUGUUAUUUCGUUAAUACAUAUAGAGAAUAAUAUAGCAUUAAUGAAAAGUAGGACACACUCACACUGUAAAUAUCAAUGUUAACAAAUAUACUUUUUGAGAAGAAGCUCAGUUGUUUUGAUGAGAUCGAUGAGCGAGUAUUGGCAGAAUAACUAAUUGGAUCUCGUAUUAUUUCCCUGCAAAAAAAGAGAGAGCGAAUGAUCGGAUUACUACACACACACACACACAUACACGUGCAAUCGCGAGUGCAAAGCAACAGGGUGCAGAGAAUUGUGAAACUCGGGUCGGGGACAUCCUCGAACCGAUGUUCUCAGUUACGAUUUUAUUGGACUACACCCCUAUCAUUGAAUUUACAAAGUAUACCGAUGGAAAAUCGCGUCGGUUAGUGCUCAUCAUCCGAGUGCGCGUGAUGUGCAUCGGGAUUUAUAAUAGCAGAAGAUCACGAUCACGCGCGCGCACACACACACACGCGAAGGUCCGGAACAAUAAUGUAAUAAAGUUUGCAUGGCAGGAAACGUAAGCGUUUCUCCUAUUAUCUACGAAGGAAAUAAUACUCAUUAAUAAUGUUAAAGAAAAUACUGAUAAUACCAGAGAGUAAGGAAUGCAUAAUGGUAAUGUUAACGACACUACUCGGCAUGCGACGCGUCGGCGGACUUUGCAGAAAAGGAACGCCGGAAAUCCCUUCGGUAGAUUCACAAGUAGGGAGCGAAUAUUUCGAGCAAGCUUUUCUUCCUUCACGUUACGCCUGGUACGUUCGGUUUUUCCCCUUUCGUUCGUUCCUACCUGUACUCCUAUUUCGCUUGAAUCCACUCGUUCUCAAACGUGUCGCUUACUUAACCGCGAGCAGUCUCAACAGAUAAUAAAGGAGAAGAUAGAUAUAUUAUUAUCGUUAAUGUUUUUAAACUUUAUUCAUGGCGUAUCAGCGCGCGUGCGAUGAGCGGGAAAUGCGUGUGGCAGACUAUAAGACAUGAGUGGUGAGAAAUUAUAUAGAUUAUAUAUAUAUGCUCGCGCGAGGGAGCAUAGUUAUGAUACUGUUAAUGAUAAUAGAAAUAUAGUCUAACAUAGCAUAAUUAUGUAUAAUCGAAAACGCGUGCGAGCAUCCCCAGCAGUGAACGCGUAAACAAUGAAAUCCAGGACACGCGUGAUCCAUCAAUCAUAGUGCGAUGAUCCAUCAUGGUUUGAUGCGCUUACGCGUGCAUCUAAAGUAUUCGAUCGAACGAGCGAAAGAAUUACAAUAAUAGUUUCCAGUAAAGUUGAUCGUUUUGUCGAGAAAGAGGGAGAGAUUUUGAGAACUGUGCAAAAUCUGUGAGCUGUAGUUAGCAAUAUGAGCGUACAGAAUGUUAUUGGUAAUAAAUAAAGCGAAUGAACCUUUGGAUGAUCUCUCCUAACGUCUACAUAAUUUAGAAAUUAGGAAUGAAGGUGGCAGAGUGUGUGAUAUAAUUUCGUUGAAUAAUACAUAUUUCGAUUCGCUCGUUUAAUGAGUCCGAUCAGUCGAUAUCAUUGAAACAGCGAGAGACUUGAAGAUUUCAUUGGCAUUAUUAUAUUACCGGCAGCAAAAGAAUUCGAGAUAUGUGAGAUACGUAUGAGACUCUUCGUGAUAUAUUGUUUCAUUAAUCGGUGAAGUAAUGGAAUAAUUAAAUUCUCGAUUGGUACGAAAUGACGUCUGUGACAUCGGAGCAACUGCGUGUUUAGAAGAUGGCAAUAAUAUUUAUGGAGAAACUGUGUCGUAUAUAUUAUAUAGUUAAUUAGUAAGGAAUAUUUUUCGAAAAAUCGUGCGGAAUAAUCGCAGAGGAUACGUCCAAGUUGAAUUCGAGACAAUUCUAAUGCAGAAAAUCUGAAAAUAGAUGGUUUAAUAAUAUUUUGUACAGAUUUUCGUAAAAUUGUCCUAUUAUCUUGCAGUAUUUAUUAUAUUUUGGUCCAUUUUUGUACGUAGUAUUUUUAUUAUAUAUCAAGAAUUGUCUUUCAUCUUGAAAAAUAUAUGAUGAAGAAUUUUACUGAUUGUUCAUCUUUGUUACAUUUUGUUUUUGCUUAGAAGAUUAACAGAUUUGAUGUAGUCAUUAAAAUGUGAUUUAUUUAAUUAUUUAUUACUUCAUUAAUUAACGAGUUAACGAGUCUGUCAAACACAGAAUGACGAACUAGAUAGUAUAAUUUAAUUAUUGUUAUUGCAAGACCAUAUCAUUACGAUUAACUCUUUAGGCGUUAAUUAAAAUAUUCUGUAUAAUCGUAGUAUGUAACAACAAAUGCUCCAAUUUAUCGUAUAAGAUCAGUUUGCGAACUUUUGCUGUAAAACUAGUAUUUCGAAUUAGCGAAAGGUAUUAUUCGAUUUCUUUAUGAGCCACCUUUAUGAGCUCUAUUGAAAAACGGAAAAUAAAAAACAGAAGAAAUGG